AUGGAUAAAGAACUGAAGUGUUUACUCUGCAAUAAUUCUAUAACGUGGCUAGGACCACCACAAUUUCUAAACCGGGAAUCAUACUCCUCAACCAAUAGAAACAGAACACGUAUUGGAUGCUCUUUGGUUUCGUCGGGUAGUGAUAUAAUGGGGCGCAAAAAGAAUAAUAAGCGCUAUAGUUCAAGCUCGCCGCCACCUUGGAGAGAAGCUUCACAGUCUGAUUAUCUAGAAAAUUAUUCUUCACCUCCCGCACGCAGAACCUCACCCUCACCUCAAUUAGCUGACGAAAAGAUGCCAGGGACAGAGAUAGCAUACAUCGACCUUUUGGACUCGGAUUUCGUGUCCCUUCGAGUUCGUCAGACGGGACGAUCAUUCAGAAUCCAUCGGAAACUGCUUCAAUCAAAGUCUAGGCCACUAAUUGCAGCUUUGGAUAGUACGCUCAAAGAAGGACAGGACUCCCUGUACGAAUUUGAAGAUGUAAAAGAGGGAACAGUGGGUCGGUUUAUUGAAUGGGCAUAUCGAGGGGAUUAUCCUACUUCGAUCACCCUUUUGGAGCCUCUUCCGACCCCAUUUAUCCCGGACAAGGUCGACACAGACAUCGAGGAUAAGCCUGGAACAAAAAGUCUAGAAACGGACUUUACCUCGGAGAAUCAUCCUCUCCUCGUCCACGUUCGGCUUUACAUAUUCUCACAUAUUUAUAUUAUUCCUGAACUUCAAAAAUUAGCCUACGAAAAGGCGACCGCCUGUUUCGCGGACCUGGACAAACCGGAUGGACUCGACAAGCAACUUGCAGUGAUUGAUGCUUUACGACUUUCUUUUUCCAGGCUCUCUCAUAAUGAUACUUUGUUGGACUGGCUGGCUCAGUAUGCCGCUUACAGUGUGGACAAAUUGCGGCUACAGGGUUCUUUUCAUGAUCUUCUGAAAGAUUUUCCCGCUUUGAGCUCCCGUAUGAUGAUUUCGCUGAGUCCAGCACAGUCUCCGCCAUGGCGGAGUACACAGCAAAAGCACCAGUUCACGCAAUAUUCUGCUAGAUGGACGGGUGAUAAUUAUGAUCUUUGA